GAAUGUGCUCAUAUACAUGUACCACAAGCAUGUCAGAAAGUGAAAGUGAAAUCCGUUGUUCUGGCAAUGACAGUAAAUUCUACACAGAUGCAGAAACAUACUGGCGAAAUGUUACGCCCACAGUUGACGGAAUGUUAGGCGGAUUUGCGAAAAUAUCGCCUGCCGAUAUUGAUGGAUCGAAGGCAUUUUUAAGACCAUUUUUGAAGAUUUCAGGUGGUAAAACCAACAACGGUCGAGCGCUGGACUGCGGGUCAGGAAUCGGCCGGAUCACUAAGCGUCUGCUCCUGCCCAUGUUUCAGACGGUAGACAUGGUGGACGUUAACCCCAACUUUCUGGAACAAGCAAAAUCUUUCGUCGGAGAAGAGUCCUCGCGAAUAGACAAAGUAAUUUGUUCAGGAUUGCAACACUUCUCCCCCGAACCUGGUCAGUACGACGUCAUUUGGUGUCAGUGGGUCCUCGGUCAUUUGUUUGAUGACGACUUUGUUUCGUUUUUCAGACGGUGCCAGAUUGGGUUGGCACCUAAUGGUUUGAUUUGUGUGAAGGACAAUAUGGCGUCUGGGAAGGAGAAAGAUUUCGACAAAGAGGACAGCUGUUACACCAGACCCCUGCCAGAUUAUGUUCAACUGUUUAAGAAAAGUGGUUUGACAAUUGUGAAACAACAGAAACAAAAAGGAUUUCCCAAAGGCUUGUAUGAUGUGUAUAUGUUUGCUUUGAAAUAAACUGAUUGGGCUGAAUUAUACUCGUCUUAGGCAUGCCACUAGGUGGUAAAAAAUCUAAUCGGUUGAUCUGUACUUACGUUUUUUCCACAGACAUGGGUAUCCAUGUGGGUGCUAGCCAUGCAUUAAAAAAUAUUUUUUUUAUCAGUUAUUUUUAAAAAUCUUGCUAGGGAAUUUAUGAAAUGUCGUCAUUUAUGUGUGCGUGUGUAUGUGUAUGUGUGGGGUUUACUGUAAAAUAAAAUAGAAAACAUGACCAUUUAACCAAUUGAUGACAUCAUAUGGAAGGAAUCGCAUUGUAAGAAUGCCUCAGUGGAAAUGUGCAAGUCGUGCUACAAGCACUAUACCAAUAGCAAAGCAACCUUGUGUUGUGUUGCCACCCAGACUUGGAUGGCCACAGUAAACAUGGAUUAUGAUAACGUAUAAAUGUAUACAGUCAAGCCUUUUUCUUCCAAGUCGCUAACCAAUACAUGCCAAAAUAACUGAAAAUAAAAUUAACUUUGCUUUAAAA